CGUCACUAUCAGCUGACUCAUUUUUACCCACGUGUUUUAUCACGUGAUCUGAAGUAAGGAAGCACAGAAAACAAGACAGUGAGCACUAAAAAAUACAAGUGCGCAUUGUCUGGGGGCGAAAAUUAAAUUACACUGUCAUAUAGAAGUCGUUCAACAACGGCGGCGCUUAAGAUGGCCUCAAUCAAAUUCUGUUUUAACUCUUUAUUGGUUUGUUCAAUAUUAGUUUCUGUGUUUUUUAAUAACAAGGUAUUUGGGGGUAGGUCGAGAAAACCCAACAUAGUUUUGCUUCUGACAGACGACCUCGAUGUUGUAAUAGGUGGCAUGAAUCCACUGAACAAGACCAGAAAGCUUAUUGGUGAUGCAGGAGUAACCUUCACAAAUACAUACGUGGCCAGUCCACUGUGCUGCCCCAGCAGAGCCAGCAUCCUGACUGGGAAGUACCCUCACAAUCACCGCGUGGUCAACAACACCCUGGAAGGGAAUUGCAGCAGCACAGCCUGGCAAAAAACACAGGAGCCCGUCACCUUCCCAGCCCUGCUGCGCCAGUACUGCGGAUACCAGACCUUCUUCGCAGGGAAGUAUUUAAAUCAGUACGGAACGAAGGAAGCUGGAGGCAUCGAGCAUGUCCCGCCCGGCUGGGAUUACUGGUACGCUCUGGAGAAGAACUCCAAAUAUUAUAACUACACGCUGUCAGUGAAUGGAAAAGCAGAGAAGCAUGGUCAGAACUACCACCAGGAUUACCUGACUGAUGUGCUGGCAAAUUUCUCCAUGGAUUUCUUGGAGUACAAGCGGAAUUACCAGCCGUUCUUCAUGAUGAUCUCCACCCCUGCUCCCCACUCCCCCUGGACCUCCGCUCCCCAGUAUGAGAAGAGCUUCCCUAAUGUCAAGGCGCCGCGGGACCCCAGCUUCAACGUGCACGGGAAGGAUAAGCACUGGUUGAUCAGACAAGCCAAGACUCCAAUGACAAACUCCUCUGUUCAAUUCCUAGACGAUGCCUAUAGAAAAAGGUGGCGCACCCUGCUCUCGGUGGACGAUCUUGUGGAGAAUGUGGUGAAGAAACUGGAAACCCGAGGAGAGCUUGACAACACCUACAUCUUUUUCACCUCGGACAAUGGUUAUCACACAGGUCAGUUUUCCUUGCCCGUGGACAAGCGGCAGCUUUAUGAGUUUGAUAUCAAGAUCCCUUUGCUUGUAAGAGGACCCGGAAUCAAACCGAAUCAGACAAACAAGAUGCUGGUUGCAAAUGUUGAUCUGGGACCUACGAUCAUGGAUAUCGCUGGAUACGACAUUAAGAAGACUCAAAUGGAUGGCAUGUCUUUUCUACCACUAAUGAACAGCAAAGGGAAGAAUGUGACGUGGCGCACUGACUUCCUAGUGGAGUACGAGGGGGAAGGACACAACCAGAGUGACCCGUCCUGCCCGGCCCUGGGACCGGGAGUGGCAGAGUGUUUCCCAGAUUGUGUCUGUGAAGAUGCGUUCAACAACACGUACGCGUGUGUAAGGACGAUUUCAGUCUCUUCAGACUUGCAGUAUUGUGAGUUUGAUGACAGUGAGGUGUUUGUGGAGGUGUACAACAUGACCGGCGACCCCUUCCAGCUGACCAACAUAGCCAAGACCAUCGACCAGGAGGUGCUGGCGAAGAUGAACCACCGGCUCAUGAUGCUGCAGUCCUGCUGGGGGCCGUCCUGCCGCUCCGCCGGGGUCUUCGACUCAGGGUAUAAAUUUGAUCCACGUUUAAUGUUCAGUCACCACGGCCCCAGGUUCGACAAACUACUGCGACAGACCCUGCAUUAACAGCGAGUGUGCUGUGAAGAAUGACAGCCGUAUCCUGUUACCUUGUGCUUCAAGGAGCUACCCUGUGUCGCUUCCACUGAGCAAUGAGAACGGCUGCCGUUCUCAUCUCCCAAGAGGGAGGUUCUUUGUAACCUAAUUGUAACCAGUUGCCUUUUGAUUUUUUUUUUUUUGUUUGUUUUGUUUUGUUUAGGUCUUGAACUGCAAAUGAUCUUAAAACUCUGGUGUUAUGCAGGGUCAUACAUUAACGAUAUAUUUUUGCAGAAUUACACAGACUGCAAGAUAAUCUAGCUUGUUGUUAAUUCUGCAGAUACAGUCUUGUUAAACUAAAAGUUAAUAAUCAUGCAGCAGCUCCAUAAUCUCCAUAUACCUAAAUUGUUACAGUUGUUUUUUUUUAAUUUUAGUCAUUUCUGAUUGGUCUUCUACAUUGAUGGUACUGCAUGACUUAAUUUUUUUUUGUUUGUAUAGUAACUUUUAUUAUUUCAAGUAGAUUUACAAGACGAGAUUUUUAAUGAGAAUAAUCAUUUCCUUUGUUUCCCAUAUCAGUUGUUUGAAAACAGAAGUCAAAUCCUUGUCUGGUUAGAUCAAAUCUGAAGCAGAUCAGAGGAUUUCAAUGUUAGUUUACCCAAGCCAUCCUACCACACCAUCUGUUUUUCUUUAAACUUCAAAGAGAUUUAAAAAAUGGAUAACCUUAUUUAAUUGCUACUAAAACAAGUUGUUUAGUGUUUUGUACUUAAUUCUCGGCGUAGUAAACUUAGACGAUAUUCUUUGUUGCCAAUCCUGUAUCUCCCAAGGGAUACAUGGUGUUUAAAGGGAUCAUGUUAUAUAAUCUACAGUAUAUUAUAUGUUUAAUACCCGGAUUCUGCAUGAUACUCUAUUGCUGCUUCGAAAAAGACUCCCCAAACUGAUGGUGGGGAAGCACAUUAGCGUUGUGCUAGGCAACACAACCCAAAGGCAAGGCAUUGUUCACUGAAGCCUGCACAACACUGAUAUGCUUCCCCCACAAUUGUUCUUGAGGAGUCUUUUCAGAAGCAUUUUUUCUGGAAUAGUUAGUAAGCACAUCAAGUAAAGAUCUAAGCAGAAACAACAAUGGAAACCAUGCAGAUCACUCUUAAUAGGAUAUUAAACAGGUAAGGAAUGAAAUAGUAGGAACAUGUCUGUGGUAUAAAAGUAUUACUUUAAGUUCUUUCUUUUUCCUCCACCUCUGCCCGAUCAGCCUGGGUUUCAUUGGCUCUCUCAAUCCCAGUGCGGCCUCUGAUUGGGUGGAGUUGUUUCAUGGGGUUGCAGAAUCAGAUCUAAAAGCAUUACCCUGCUUAUUUGUUAUCACUUUCAUUGAUAAAUGCACCACAGUUAAAAUGUAGUUUUAUUUUUUAAAUAUAUUCUUCCAGUGUCCAAAGUGCACUGCUGUGCUGUUGCACCACCAGCAAGAAACAUAUCAAGAACGAGAUAAAAAAAAAAAAAAAAACAUAUCACUGUGCUUACUGAUGUGCUAGGACCGAAAAUCGGUUCCCAAUCAUAGCUCAUCCCCCUCUCCACAGCAAUAAAAUAGAGGAACUUGUGCAGACAUUUUGUGUUGGUUCUGCCAAAACAAGAAAUGCCAAAAAGCCAGUAAUACAUAAACGGAAAUGGGCAGAAAGGGACACGUUUUUUGCAGAGCUCUGUAGCUAUCACAGCAGUUCAAACCAGCUCCUACCAUAACUGAAUUCAAUGCUAUUAUUUACAGCAGGGCAGGCGUGCGUCACAGCAGCUCUAUUGAUAGAUAAAUACUCUCUUUGCUUCUCUAUUAUGCACUAUGUGCAUACACACAAACUACUGUAGGUGUUUUCUGCUUCUGCUGUUCCUCCAUAUUGUUUAAUGACAUUUUUCUUUUACUGUCAUGCACUACACAGUGUUAACCCUUUGCUUUAAAAGAUGCAAAGCAUUGAUAGACCGCACAGCUAAAACCACAUCUAACAACAUAGAGGUGAGGAAUACCCAUUAUACUUGCAUCCAGAGGGUCUCUGUCUCUUACAACAGAAACGCCUUAAUAUUGAACUAAGAAAGGGAUAAGGUGCUGUUUUCAGAUGGGAAGUCGGGCCAGCUUGCUGAGUAAAGGUGCCACUCUAGAAUUAGCAUUGCUUUACCUGCAGUUUUAUAAUGAUUUGUAUGGCAUUGUCUGUCUUGGAGCUUACAGGCAAGAUUACCAGUGAUUUAUUUCUCUUGAACUAGAUUCUUGGUACUAGCUCUGCCAAAACUGUGAACAGAAAUUGCUACUCUUGUUAUUUUUUUGUUAUUGAUUUGGGCAAAGCCUUCUGGGUUACAUUAAAGAUCCUGGUUAUCUGAAUCUACGUACAUAAAUCAUUAAUACAGUAGCAUCUGAAACUGUUCAUUCAGACAUUUACUCUACCUUUAAGUAUCCAUUGUUCUGUAUAUUAGGAUUAGGCUGAAUUGUGUAAAAAGUAAAGCCAAGAUCCUUGCUUUCAAUUCCAUGUGACCAAUAGAUUAGAUGGGAUACCUAAACUGCUGGUAAAGGGUAUGUUGUGCACAUUUUUUUGGCUAUUUAUAAGUUUCAGGGGUGUACAAGUACUUUAGCCAAGAAACAAAAUAUAGUUCACUGCAUCAAGCAGAAACACCUUGAAUAUAAUAUACUGUAAAAUGUAGAAAUCAAAAGGUAAGGUAUCUGUCUGAAUAAUGUGUGAUGAUUCUGUGCUGUAUAUCCCUCCUAUACUAAAGAAGUUUAGAAAGUGUCCAUCACUUGUUUGUUCUCUGCUGCACUUUUAAUUUCACAAAAAAAUGAAAUGUCUCAUUAUAACCAACACAAUAAAAGUACACUUUGUUUUCAUGGUUUAUGGUGAGUUUGUAUCCUAGAACACACUGGUUAUUUUUUGGCUUGACUGCAAUAAAAAAAAUUCUGGCCUGGCA